CUAGAGAUCUGCCUGCUGACCAAGGGACGCCGCACUGCCAGUGUUCGAGCUGAUACAUAUUGUCGUCUUUAUUCACUGUCUGUGGACAAUUUCAAUGAGGUCCUGGAGGAAUAUCCAAUGAUGAGGAGAGCCUUUGAGACAGUUGCCAUCGACCGACUGGACCGGAUAGGAAAGAAAAACUCAAUUCUUCUGCAAAAGUUCCAGAAGGAUCUGAACACUGGUGUCUUCAACAAUCAGGAGAAUGAGAUCCUGAAGCAGAUUGUGAAACACGACAGGGAGAUGGUGCAGGCAAUCCCUCCGAUUAAUUACCCUCAAACUGCAACCCUGAAUUCCACGUCUUCGACCACAACGCCCACCGUGCGCGUGAGGACCCAGUCCCCGCCGGUGUACACGGCCCCCAGCCUGUCUCACAGCAACCUGCAUUCCCCCAGCCCCAGCACGCAGACGCCGCAGCCCUCGGCCAUGCUGUCGCCCUGCUCCUACACCACGGCGGUCUGCAGCCCACCAGUGCAGAGCCCGCUGGCCGCGCGAACUUUCCACUAUGCCUCUCCCACCACUUCCCAGCUAUCGCUCACGCAGCUGCCAACACCGUUACCGCAGCCACCGCAACCGCCACAGACGCCGCAGCCGUCGCAGCCGCCCAGCAGCUCCACGCCCAAAAAUGAGGUGCACCGCAGUGCGCAGGCACUGCACAAUGCCAGCCUGACCCGCGAGGUCAGGCCUUUGUCUGCCUCGCAGCCCUCACUGCCCCAUGAGGUUUCCACUCUGAUUUCCAGACCUCAUCCCACCGUGGGCGAGUCCCUGGCCUCCCUUCCUCAACCCGUGACAGCAGUCCAUGGCCCAGGCCUUCAGGCGGGGGGCAGGGGCACUGUCCCCCAGCGAGUCACUCUGUUUCGACAGAUGUCGUCGGGAGCCAUUCCCCCCAACCGAGGAGCACUCCCACCUGCACCCCCUCCACCAGCAGCUGCUCUUCAGAGAGAGUCCUCGGUCUUAAAAACAGACCCAGAUGCAGAAAAGCCACGAUUUGCUUCAAAUUUAUGAUCCAUGCUGAUUGUGAAAGCAGAAAGAAAUACUGUAAUUUAAACUGAGGAUACUCUCAGAACUUAUUUUCCUCUGUCUCCUGAUAGAUCCCCUAUAGCCUACUACGGAGAGAUAUUUUAGACAGCUCUGGCCUACAUGCAAAAUGUAA